AUGGUACCUGACCCGAAACUAGCGGAUUCGAAGUCGGAUCCCGAACAACAAAAGACUGCGCAGAAGCGCAAGGCCUCGACUGCCACGUCUGAACAGGGGGGAGAACAGGGGGGAGACACGUCCCCAAAACGGGUCAAGUUGGACGAGAACGGCGUCGCCCAGGAAAACGGAACACCCUCUGCGGCUGGAGAUCUGGGCCAAGUAUCAACCCGUCCGGACAACAAGUCUGGCGGCAAACCAGAUGACAAGUUGGACAACAAGUCGGACAACAAGCCGGACGACAAGCCGGACGACAAGCCGGACGACAAGCCGGAUGACAAGCCGGAUGACAAGCCAUAUCAAGAUGAAUCUCACACAGACAGACCGGCACAGAAGGAAGGCACGCCGCCUAUAAAGGCUCGGGAUGAGGGCGUCUCGGCCAAGGCAUCUGCGGAAGCCCGGCGACCGUCCUUGGCUGCAGCACCAGAUCGCCGAAGUAACGUCAGUCAGGAGGAGAGGAGACGGGGGCAACGCCUGUUCGGGGGCCUGCUGAGCACACUAAGUCAAACCACCUCAAGCUCUCAGCAGAAAAGGCGACUUGAGAUUGAGCGUCGGCAGCAGGAAAAAGCACAGCAUCAGAGAGUCGAGGAUGACAAGCGCCGAGUCGAGAAGCUAGCGAAGCUCAAGAGCAUCCGGAAGGUCGAGCAGGCAAAGUUCGACGAACAAGUGAUGAGAUCCCGUCACUCCCGCAUGCUCGCCACGGCGCACAGUCUUGGAACAAAGAGCAAGCCCACAAUAUACUAUCGGCCGUGGGAACUCACGAAAGCCCAGGAGGACAUAAUCAAAGAUCAGAUCCGCAACGCCGAAGAUACGAUCGAGAGAGAGAUGCGGGUGUCCAAAAGCCCCAAGGAGCAGGGACUACAUGAUCUCGGCGCAACGGUUGGUGAGCUUGCUCCCCAUCAAGAUGCUAACAACGGGGCUCCGGCGUCGUCAUCCAAGCUCAGCCACGAGAAGGACCAUGACGAGCAUGGGGAUGUCAUGGUCGAGGCUGAGGAGGAUACGGUAAUAUACUGA